AUGGGUCAAGCACUGAGCACUAGCGAAGAUCUGGCGAGCCAUUCACCGGUGGCAAAGCUAAGCAGAGAGCAGAUUGUUGAUUUAUUCUACGCCAGAUGCUUGCUGCUUCUAAAGCCGAUUGAGAUUGCCUUUAUCAAAACCAAAUGGGAUAUCCAUGGCAACCAAGGCGAGACAAUUGACAGUGCCGAGAUUUUCAAGUGGUACUUGAGCGAGGAGCAGGCGGAUAAAGCGACGUCAAACUUGUUCAGAACCAACAUGUCUACUUUGCUAAUGGUGAUGAAACGGAUUGGCAAGUUCCCCUUCUUGAAUAGUCCCGUCCAUGCAGAUGAUAAAUUGACAGUGCGCGAGUUUAUCAUAUCUAUGGUGUUUUUUGAUGGCAGGUUCAAGAAGAUCUUCAAAGGCGACUAUGACUUUGUAAAGCUUUUUUGCAUAGCUUUGGCAGCACCCGCCCCCGUUUCUGGAACUGACGAUGCCACUGCCUCUGCCAUGGCUGAUGAUGAUAAUGAUAGAUAUGCAGCAAAGCUACUACAGCCAUUUGAGGCUGACGAUUCGAAGGAAUUGAAAUCGAGAAAAGUCAAUUGGACGGCCAUGGACCUCGUGCGGUCCUUUGACGGCAUUUCUGUGCAAGACCUCGCAGUGAAUGCCAGGAAAUUGCAAGAGUUGUUGAUUCUACUCCUUGUUGUGAAAUCGGUCCCCAAUCAGAAACAUGAAGUUAUGCGCGAGAAAUUCUGGGCUAAUUUGUCCAAAUGGAAAGAGUUUGAUGCUUAUUCCUUGUACCUCUUGAGGUACCUCGAUAUUCAACUUGAUGCCAAGAGCUUGAGCGAGCAAAAAAUCAAGUAUUUGCAGUUUAGUGAUGGCAUGGCAAGCAUAGUGCCUCGAUUUUUGGAGCAGAAUAUCCAAAGAUUCUUUGAGGCAGAGAUACACGGUGCUUCGUCAGCCGCCCGUGGAGACGACUCACAUCAUCAUUUAACACACUCUUCAGAACCAAUGGGGAAAGUGCCCAAGUUCCAAGAGUCGAAGCUUGUCAACAGCGCGUUUUUAGCCCUCGCCUCGGCGAUUCUAGAAGGAGCGAAAAGCCCCAUUGUCGUUUCCCUGCAAAACAUGGUGAAAUUAUACGCGGGGCUGGAGUCGGGAUUCUCCAUCAGAUCGUUGGAGACUAAAAUUUUCAAAUGGCAAGCACCAACCAUGGUUUUAGUCAGCGGCAAGCGCUUGAAGCAAAAGGCGCAGGAGACAAACCGGCGGUACGAAAAAUUUGAUCACUCGUUUCCUCGAUAUUUUUUAAACCUGGAAAACGCUCUCAGACCCUGGCAGCAUGAAAACGAUAGAAUAACAUAUUGCGUUGUGAUCAACCAACCCUGGCGCAAUUCCAACAAGAAUAAUUUUGGUGACGAAAAGUCAAUCAUUUUAGCGAUACAGCCCAGAGCAGACUACUUCAAAAGCGUUCUGAACAAAGCGCAAAAGGGAGAGCUGAUUUACUUCAACACCCAGGGCAUGGGUGUUGGGUUUGGAAACGAGCAGCCAAUCAACAAGGGCAACACGCAGAAAUACCAUCCUGGCCGCGUCUCACUCACAAUCGAAGCAAAUUUGGAAUUUGCCGUUUUCCGCCAUCUAAGUUCCCUGGUGAACAAUGAUCCAAACUUUUUCAAAACGUCUUCCAACAGUCAGAUUGCCAAUGAGGACUAUGAAGACCGAUUCGUCAUUACUGAUUUAGAAGUGUGGGGUAUUGGUUCGAUGAAGGAGCUCGAGGAGCAGCAACGGCAGUGGAAGUGGGAGGAACAGCAAGCACAGGCCCGACAAAGCGUCAAUAUCCGCAACAUGGGUGAGGAAAGAGCAUUCUUGGAGAUGGUGGGUUUGGUGGGGAACCGUGGUAGCGGCGGUUCCGUGUAG